CUUUCCCGUCCGCCACCCUCGUCUCUGUACCAUACCAGCUGAUAGUGGGAGUGAAACAUAUUUGAUUUUGAUUUUGAUUUGGCAAAGAAUCGUCCUUCUGCCUUGCGUUUGGGUUUCCCAAUGACCGCAAACAGGAUAUAAGAGAGAUCGAGACUAAUUCAAAAAUUUGAUUCCAAAUAAACAGAAAAGAUGGAUAGGCAGUCCCCAUAUGCUGAUUCCCGUAUCAAUCCAUACACUGCUGCUCAGAUGCAGAAACUGGCUGGAGAGAGAAUGCAACAGAAGGCUGCACUGAAUAAUUUGCCCGGGCGAUCAAAUUCUUUUCCUGCUGAGCAAGGGGAUCCAUACGUUACUGCUCGGACAGGAGGGCAGUGGCAGUGGGACAGAGAUGUACCAAACGUAUCAAAUCCGAUGUCAUCUCAACCAUACACAGCAGGCAAGUAUUGUUCUUCUACAUUUAAGUGA